AUGUCUUUGAAUGCAUCCCAAACUCUCUUUUCUACCAAUGUCAUUUGCAUCUCCAUGUAUCUGGAUGCCAGCAUUUGCUUCUCUUGUGGUUCAACAAACACAUCAGCAGCAACAUUCCUGUCUUUGGAAACAUUGCCUGUAUUCAAGCACAAGCAUCAUCAUUGUGAUCUAAUACUAAAUCUAACCUCACUUUCUUCUUUCUUUUUUUCCCCUCUUUCUAAAUAUCUCUGUCUUUCUUUUUUCACCUUCUUUCUACCUCCCUUAUUCUGUUACUACACUUUUCACUAUUAUUUUCUCUUUCUCCCUCAUAUCCUCUUCUCACUUUUUCUACAUUUCUUAUCCUCUUCUCACACUUUCUCCAUCACUUUUUUUUCCAUUUCCCUUAUUUUUUCAAAUUUUUACCUCCCUUAUGCUCUUCUUACUUUUUCAACAUCACUUUGUUCUCCCCUUUAUUUUAUCCCCUUCUUUCUACUCCUCUUUUUCCAUCACUCCCCACUUUCCUCUUUCUUUUCACUCCUUUCUUCACCUUUUUUAUACCUCUCUUAUACUCUUUUCCUCCCCUUUCCUCUAACUUUUCUUUUCUCUCCUCUCUUUUCCCCUUUCUUUAUACUCUUCUCACUUCUUCUGCCACCUUCCCCUCUCCUUUCUUUUCAUCUUUUCUUUCUUGCGUCUUUAUGCCUCUCUUAUUCCAUCACUUUUCUCCCCUUUCCUCUCCUCUUUUUCUUCUCCUUCUUUAUACCUCUCUUAUUCCAUCACUUUUCCUCUCUCUUCUUUUCUUCUCACUUUUUUCACUAUCACUUUUCUCUCCCUGCUUUCUUUCACUUCUCUCCCACUCUAUUUCUUAACACCCCCCACUUUCAAUCUCUGAUGCAUCAAGAUUUUAAACCAGUUGUUCACCUGUUUUUUUCCUUGAUAUUUUCUUUCUUCUUCCUUCACAUUUAUCUCAUCAUUAUUAGUUUUUCAUUCUUCUCUUUUUCAUUUUUUAAUCCUCCUUUCUUUUCUUUUUCCUCUCAUUCUUUUUCAUUAUUAUUUUCGUUCCUUUUCUUAUUUUUUCCUUUCAUUCUCUUUCUUUUUCAUUAUUAUUUCUUUUUAUUCCUACCAUUCUUUUUCCUUCUCAUUCCUCUCUUCCUGUUCCUUUUGUGGCUGAAGAAGCAAGUUCCACUGAUCAAUUGUGCCAGCUUUUGCUGA